AUGACGGCAUGCGAGUUGCUGGAUGGCCACGCUGUCAUUUGCUGCAAAAGUGGAAAAGACCGAACAGGCAUGGCUGUCACAAUGGAACAAGGACGUGUACUUCGAGAAACGUGCGGGCUCAAUGCGGCACAGCUUCAAGAAGUGAUAGCUUCGUUACGAAGAGACGGUGCUCGUAGAGAGAACUGCCGUAAAAAUGUGGGCAAAGCAGUCUAUUCGUUCAGCCCGUUUCAAAUGCACUUCCUUCCAAAGCCUUUCCGUCCACCUAGUGGGACGUAUGCUCAAGGAAUCGCAAGCUGA